GGGCGUCGAGGAACUGAUUUGUACAGAAACAUUUCUCUUCUAUCUAUAGUGGGGCAUGGUGGUAUGGGAAAGACAACUCUGUUGCAACAUAUCUAUGAAGAUGAAAUGACGAAGGAAUUUGAUCUUAAAAUGUGGGUUUGUGUUUCCAACAACUUUGAUGCUAAAGAAGUCAUUGCAGAUAUGUUGGAGCUUCUUAAGAAGGAGAGGCCUCGUUUGGAGAAACUUGAGGCACUUCAAGGGCGUCUCAAGAAUGAGGUGAUGUCCAAAAGGUUCUUACUGGUCCUUGAUGACGUUUGGGAAGAGGAGGAGGAACAGGAUAAAAGUAAAUGGGAGAAUGUGCUCGCGCCUCUAGCUUAUGGGGGUUUUGGUAGUAAGAUUCUGAUAACAACUCGAACGGACUCAGUUGCACUGAUGUUUUCAAAGGUAAUUAAAAAGAAUAAGGAAAUAGUUAAAUUAGAGGGCCUAGAGGAAGAUGAGUGUUUGCAGCUCCUCAACUCUCAUGCAUUUGCUGGUGUAGAGAAUGCCCCUGAUGAUCAUGAAAAUUUAAGAGUCAUUGCUCGAGAUAUAGUAAAAAAGCUUUCAAGAUCUCCGUUGGCAGCUAAGGUCAUUGGUGGUGUUUUAAAUGACAACUUGGAUGAAAGGUUUUGGAGGGAAGUUUUAGAAAGCAAUUUAUUGGGUCAGAAUUCUAUCAAUUCCAUCUUAAGAUUGAGCUAUAUAGUUCUGCCAAAUCAUCUACAAAAUUGUUUUGCAAUUUGUUGUAUGUUCCGACAAGAUCAUACCUUUGAUAAAGAUGAUUUAGUCCGAAUGUGGAUUGCAUUGGAUUUCAUUCAUCCAUCUCAAGGAAUGACUAUGGAGGAUAUUGGAGGAAGGUAUUUUGAUGUUUUAGUAAAAAAAAAUUUAUUUGACAAGGUCGGAGAUGACUACAAGAUGCAUGAUUUAAUACGCAAGUCAGCAUCUAAAUAUUUUGCACAGGAAUGCGGUAAGCUUGUGGACGAUGAAGAGUCAUCUCUCAAAAUUUCUGAGACUAUUCGACACUUGUCUGUUCAAUCUUGUCCAGACAUCUUAAGAAAGAUUGAGAAGUUUAAACAUUUGCACUCUCUUUUCUUGUUCUAUGAAAAUUUUAAUCAGGAUAUUUGCAGUGCACUUAUUGAAAUAUUCAAAGCAUCGAGAUGCCUGCGCUUAUUAUACAUACGUACUAAUGAAUUAGAAAUGAUACCUGAGGAUAUUAGAUAUUUGAAACAUCUUCGAUAUUUGAAUAUCAAAAGAGUUAAAUCAAAUGAUGUCACCAGGCUACCAAGAUCUCUGAGUAAUCUCUAUCACUUGCAGUACAUAAUCUAUGAUCGAUGGGUGUCAAGCCGACGUGCUGUUGAUAGUUUUUUACCAAGUGACAUUAAUAACCUUUCUAACUUGCGUUACCUGAAAUUGCCUUGUAUUUCAUUGUUAUGUGGGAUUGGGAAGCUAAAGUCUCUUCAAGAACUGAAUAUGUUUGAUCUUAGAGAUAUGAGUGGUUAUAGAAUUGGGGAGCUGGAGGAUAUGAAUGAUCUUUACAAAUUAGGAAUCAAUUGCCUUGAAAAUGUUAAGGAUGCCGAGGAGUCUUCUAGUGCCAAAUUAUGUGAAAAGAGGAGGCUCAUAGAUUUGACCUUAUGUUGGAGUUAUAGUCACACUGAUUCAAGGAACACCAAUUUAGAUGAGAACGUGCUCGACAACCUUCAGCCACCAAAAUGUCUUAGGAAUCUGCGAAUUCAAAGAUACAUGGGUGUAAGGUCCGCAAUAUGGAUGAACAAUGUCAAUCUGCUCUCCAAUAUAGAGAAAAUUGAGGAAAUCGAAUUGUCAGUUUGCAUGAAAUGGGAAACUCUUCCA